CGGCCCACGUUGCAGAGAUGGAUUUGGAUGAACUUCGAAUCACCUUCGCAUUCAUCUCAGUUACCUGGAAUUGAAAACUUGUUUAAUUUAACUCUAAACUAUCGGCAGGAUGCUGAUAUAGAAGUGCCUUAUGGAUCGAUUGUCGCAGCCCAAGGAGAGGAGGACUUCGUGCCGCCAAGCAAGAACAAGCUGAUUUGUUGGAUCGUCAGCAAUUGGAACCCAGAUCACGUCAGAGUGAAAUACUACAAUGAACUCUACAAGCACAUCGAGGUUCAUGCAUACGGACAAGCAUUUGGUGAGUACAUUUCUGACCAGGACUAUUUCCCUACAAUCGCAAGCUGUAAAUUCUAUUUGGCAUUCGAGAACUCGAUUCACAAAGACUAUAUCACUGAGAAAUUGUACAACCCGCUUUCCGUUGGCACCGUACCCGUUGUGCUCGGACCACCAAGGGAGAACUAUCAGAACUUCGUGCAGGGAAAUGCUUUCAUCCACGUUGAUGACUUGCCGUCUCCGAAGGAGCUGGCUGAUUAUCUCCUCUUCCUUGACAAAAACGAGGAGCUUUACCUGAAGUACUUUGACUGGCGUAAACACUUUAAGGUGAAAAAGGCGUACUUCUGGGCCGAGCACACGUGUCUGGCUUGCGAUUACGUCAGAAGGCACAAUGAGUACAAAGCAAUUAACAAUCUUGACAAAUGGUAUUGGGGUUAAUUCCCAACUGAACCACUGGACCAGAUUAAUGAAAGUGGCUUGACAAUAAGAGCUUCAUAUAACUUAAUUCCAAUGAGGGUCUGUUGUGAGCACUUGCAGACUUUUAUUUUUGUAAAAUGUCCCAAAGUAGAUGUACAUUUCUUUCGUGUUCGGUUUCACGCGUUUAUUAAUCUGGAUGCAAAUUAUGCAGUUUAGAGUUUAGUAUGUAUUUAUUUGGAAAGCUGAUUUUUACCAAA